AUGGGAAAUCUCAACCUUUUAAAUUGGUGCCAAAGUACACUUCCAAAGCAAGCAAGCCUUAACAAACUCAUUUGUGGGGAUGAUUCAAAAUCUGUUGUGCAAGGGGUUUUCUCCGCGCUGUUCGGAUUGACGGCUCUGAUUCUUGGCUGCCGAGCUUCGGGGAAGCUUCGGGAGCUCUCCAGAGCUCCUGAGCUUUUUUGCCCCUCAAAAUCCCACGGGCUUCACCGCCUGCGUCAUUCACCGCCCCAAUAA